AUGGUACUAUUAGAUAAUAAUUUAAAUAAUAAUGGACAAACAAUUGUUAUUGAAGAUGAUUCUAGUCGAGAUAAAUCAUUUAAACGUUAUCAAACAAUUGCUUAUCGUAUUUGUGUAUUUACAAUUAUACUUGAUAUUAUACUUGGUUUGACAGCAUUUAUAAAUUGUAUGCUUGAUAAAUCAUCUGUUGGUUUAAGUUAUUCGAUUGAUACGUUAAUGGAUGCAAUUUGUAUUUGUUUUGUUGCUUGGCAUUUAAAAGCUCAAACAAUGGAUGAUUUUAAACGACGAGAUUAUCUUGUAUGUUGUGUUAUAGGUGCACUUUUUAUCGGUUCAUUUUUAGCUAUUGAAUCUCGUGCUAUACAAUCAAUGAUUGUUCCACAAUCAUCAACAGGUGAUUGGCUUUUACUUGUUUAUUCUAUAACUCAUAUAAUUAUAUUUACUGUUUUAUCAAUUAUUAAAAUAAUUCUUUCAAAAAAACUUAAUUCAAGAUCUUUAAUGGCUGAAGCAUUAAAUUCAAUUAUUGGUAUUAUUAUGGCUUUACCAUUAAUAUUAUGGGAUCGUAUACCUAUAUUAAGUCGAUAUUCACAAUUUGAUGAUUUAAUAUCUAUUUUAUUGGCUUUACUUUUACUUAUUAUGGGUUGUAUAUUAGUUCAUAGUGGAAUAGCUUAUCAUAAUAAACUUUAUUUAGAAUCACUUAAUAGAGAAAUUGAUGAUAUAAAUGUAAAUACUACACUUUUACCAACAAAUCAAACACAAGUAGCAAAUCGAUCUGUUCCAGACGAUAUAUAUAGACAAUAUUCAAAUCUUGAUAAAGAUAUUGAAACUACAGAAGUUGCAUAA